AUGGAUGUGUUUGUGUUCGAACUGGUUCAACAAAUUGAAGAAUUUAAAGCCAAGGUUGACCAAUGGCAUGAAACAACGAAGAACGCAAUACAACAUGGACCCGCGAAUCCGCUUAACUACAAAAAUGCAUUAAUGAAAAACUUACCUGCACCUACGCAUUCCUCCCAUACCAGACCACCCCAACAACAUCUACUCCUAACCUACAACACGUCGGGCAAACUACAACAACUAUUUUUCCUCGAGGCUUCUCCACGACACAUCAAAACGCACCCUACAACGCCCUUCUGCCGUCGGGCCAUGGAACGACAAGAAUGCCACUUCUGCCGAAUCUACCAACCCAAUAAUACAGCUCCAUCACCCAGGGACUCAAUUCAAAUACAGGAUAAGGCGAAGGUCCUCAAAACAACAAUCAACAACCUGAAAGACAACAUCAACCCACUCAACAAGAACGACACAUUCAACCAAGCAAUAACAAAAAUACUCGACAACACAAACAAUAUAGAUGACAUCAUAAAAAACGAAAUCGAAAUAAUCAAAGCCGUCAUCUCUAACAACAACGACAACAGCAACAACAAUACAAAAAACAACAGAGGUGGACAUGGGUUGGGUUGA